CCGCUCCCGCCGCCUCCGCUCCGCCGCUCCGCCCGCGCCGCGCGCCCCUGCCCGGCAUGUCGGCGGCCGUGGCGUGCGUGGAUUACUUCGCCGCCGACGUGCUCAUGGCCAUCUCCUCGGGCGCCGUGGUGCACCGCGGGCGGCCCGGCCCCGAGGGCGCGGGCCCCGCAGCCGGCCUGGAUGUGCGUGCGGCGCGCCGCGAGGCCGCCCCGCCCGGGACCCCGGCGCCGCUGCCUCCCGCCGCCGCCGCCGUCCCCGGCCCGGGCGGCGCCCACCUGCUGGCCGCCAGCAUCCUGGCCGACCUGCGCGGCGGGCCCGGAGCCGUCCCGGGGGCUGCCUCGCCAGCCUCCUCCUCGUCGGCCGCGUCGUCCCCGUCCUCGGGCCGUGUCCCCGGCACCGCUCCCGCCGCCGCCGCCGCCAAGACCCACCGCUGUCCCUUCCCGGGCUGCGCCAAAGCCUACUACAAGUCCUCGCACCUAAAGUCGCACCUGCGGACGCACACGGGUGAACGCCCUUUUGCCUGCGACUGGCCGGGCUGUGACAAGAAGUUCGCGCGCUCCGACGAGCUGGCCCGCCACCACCGGACGCACACGGGCGAGAAGCGUUUCCCCUGCCCGCUGUGCUCCAAGCGCUUCACCCGCAGCGACCACCUGACCAAGCACGCCCGCCGCCACCCCGGCUUCCGCCCGGACCUGCUCCGGCGCCCGGGCACCCGCAGCGCCUCACCCAGCGACUCCCUGCCCGGUAGCCUGGCCGGCAGCCCUGCGCCCAGCCCUGCGCCCAGCCCCGCACCCGCCGGCCUGUAGGGCCCGCGCCCGGCCCACCCUGAGCCUGGCCCUCCGCAUGGACCACCAGCAACACGAGGACACGCCUGCCGUCCAGGGCCGAUGGCGGACACUGUCGGGGAUCCCCGGCCCUUUCCAGCCAUCCGCAGACCCUGAGAAGCCCCUGCCCGCUUCCAGAAAGCAAGGAGCGGGCCUGAGACUGGACUUGACGCCUGGCCUCGGAGGUGGCCCUCGGGACGGGUGGCUGGGGCCGUGUCUGUAAAUAGCCAUGAUUGUUAACUUUCUUCCCAUCUGUACCACGGUCCCCCCCUUCCCCCUCCGGCACCUCCUUGCCUUUCCUCCGGGGUGGUGCUUGGGAGGGGUGCAGCGGGCCCAGGAAGGGUGUCCCUGCCCAUGCGUGGACUUGGCCCCCAGGCCCGCUCCCUCCAGAUUGGGAAGAAGUGUUCAAAGAGCCAUAGAUGAGCGGGGGGCUACUGCAGGCUCCUGCCUCGCCCCAACCCCCGCCCCACCGAAAGCCAUUGGAGAUGUUCAGGGAAAUGGGGGUGCAGCCCGGCCGCCCCCACUCGGGUACUCAAUCUCAGGUGUCCACAGGUCCUGCCCAUGGGAGGGGCUGCCCAGCACC